CACCUAAACCAACCUCCAAACCAUCUUCUGCAUCAACAUCUGCAGCUGAAUCCUCAACAACCACAGGAUCAGUUCUGCCAACAUUCAAACCAUCAACUGCAGCAGAUCAUGUCUCUAAAUCAGACAUGACAGCAGGGAUCAUCACUGCAGCUGUAAUUGUUGCAGCAUGCAUUCUAGUUGUUGUGAUGCUGAUGGGAUGGAGGAGGAUUAAAGAAAGAAAAACACAGAUUCAGGCAAACAUGACUCCUCCAGAAGAUGCUGAUUCCUACGCCUCCAUCAGCUUCUCCAGGAACACCAACAACAGACGGCAGGUUCUGGACAAAGAUGAUGGAGGAGAUGCAGUGAUCUACAGCACUGUUAAAGUGUCUUCUUGUGGUCAUGAUCCCAUCAGCCUCCAUUAAACCAACAGAUGAGAGUCACAGCAAAUGUUCAUCUGAGGAUUUGUUAGAAUCCUGCAUUCAGAUCUUGAAGAUCAUGUUUUUAUAGAAGCUCCAGGACUUUAAUCUUACAUCUGUUCAGUUCAACCCACAUAUAUGUUAACAUAUGAAUACUGUUUUCUUAAGACCCCACUUCCUGAUCUGAAAGAUGCUGCAUCAAAUGUUGCAGUUCCUCAAAAGACCACUGGAGGCAGGUUACAAAAGUGAGCAACUUCAAAAGUCCAACUUCCCAAAUAUAAACCAGUUCGCAGCUCAGUUUUAAAGACGUUGAUAAUAUAUUUUGCUUUACAGUGUUCCUUCUAUAUAAUGCAGUUUAUCGUUGCUCGCUUUGUGUUAAUGCAUUUUUUUUACUGUAUUGGGUUCUGUGUCUGGAUUGGCUAAUGAUUAUUGUCAACAAAUCUCACAGCGUUUGCUGUACAGAAUCUGCUUAAUAUAACAAAUGUUAUUUUCAUGUAAAAGUUUGAGCUUUGCAAGUUUAAAUAAGAGAGAAAUGUUUAAAAAUGUUCAUGCUUGUGAGACAAAAGUGUAUAAAGUGUGUAGUGAGAAAUCCUACAGCUUUAAA